UCAGUGCCAGAACAGAAUGGGAUUCGAUGUGAGUCCUUCUUUAAAGCUUCAGCAGCGUUCCUCAUUUCACUGGAGUUGUAGUGGCAGGCUCACCGGCGUACUACAGUUGCUUGCCAGCUCAACCAUGGCUUUAAUAAUGAGGGUACUUCAAUUGUCUCUACUCCUUGAUGUGGGGUGUCAAGUACAUGCUUACAGGAUCGGAUAUGCUGAGCCGGAGAUGCCUACGUAUGGGCUGCAGCAGCCUCCUAGCUACAAUUCCCAGCAGCAGUUGGAACAACCUCCUAGCUACAAGCCCCAGCCACAGCAACCUUCUAGCUACAAGCCACAGGAGCCUAGCUACGAUCACUCCCAGCAGCAGCAGCAUCCCAGCUACAAGCCCCAGCAGCAGCAGAAUCCUAGCUACAAGCCCCAGCAGCAGCAGCAGCAGCAGCAUCCUAGCUACAAGCCCCAGCAGCAGCAACAUCCUAGCUACAUGCCCCAGCAGCAGCAGCAGCAACAUCCUAGCUACAAGCCCCAGCAGCCCCAGCAGCAGCAGCAUCCUAGCUACAAGCCGCAGCCGCAGCAGCAUCCUAGCUACAAGCCCCAGCAGCAGCAGCAGCAGCAGCAGCAUCCUAGCUACAAGCCCCAGCAGCAGCAGCAGCAACAUCCUAGCUACAAGCCCCAGCAGCAGCAACAUCCUAGCUACAAGCCCCAGCAGCAGCAGCAACAUCCUAGCUACAAGCCCCAGCAGCAGCAGCAACAACAUCCUAGCUACAAGCCCCAGCAGCAGCAGCAGCAACAUCCUAGCUACAAGCCCCAGCAGCAGCAGCAGCAGCAACAUCCUAGCUACAAGCCCCAGCAGCAGCAGCAGCAACAUCCUAGCUAUAAGCCCCAGCAGCAGCAACAUCCUAGCUACAAGCCCCAGCAGCAGCAUCCUAGCUACAAGCCCCAGCCCCAGCAGCAGCAACAUCCUAGCUACAAGCCCCAGCAGCAGCAACAUCCUAGCUACAAGCCCCAGCAGCAGCAACAUCCUAGCUACAAGCCCCAGCAGCAGCAACAUCCUAGCUACAAGCCCCAGCAGCAGCCUCCUAGCUACAAGCCUCAGCAGCCUCCUAGCUACAAGCCCCAGCAGCCUUCUAGCUACAAGCCCCAGCAGCCUUCUAGCUACAAGCCCCAGCAGCCUUCUAGCUACAAGCCCCAGCAGCCUUCUAGCUACAAGCCACAGGAGCCUAGCUACGGCCAGCCACAGCCCCAGCAGCAGCGUCCUAGCGACAAGCCCCAGCAGCAGCGUCCUAGCGACAAGCCCCAGCAGCAGCAUCCUAGCUACAAGCCCCAGCAGCAGCAUCCUAGCUACAAGCCCCAGCAGCAGACUCCUGGCCAUAAGCCCCAGCAGCAGACUCCUAGCCAUAAGCCACAGGAGCCUAGUUACGACCAGCAGCCCCAGGAGCAGCAGCAUCCUAGCUAUGAGGCCCAGGAUCAGCAGCAUCCUAGCUAUGAGGCCCAGGAUCAGCAGCAUCCUAGCUACGAACCCCAGGAGCAGCAGCAUCCUAGCUACGAGCCCCAGCGGCCCCAGCAGCAGCAGCAGCAACAUCCUAGCUACAAGCCGCAGCAGCAGCAGCAUCCUAGCUACAAGCCCCAGCAGCAGCAGCAACAUCCUAGCUACAUGCCCCAGCAGCAGCAGCAACAUCCUAGCUACAAGCCCCAGCAGCCCCAGCAGCAGCAGCAUCCUAGCUACAAGCCCCAGCAGCAGCAACAUCCUAGCUACAUGCCCCAGCAGCAGCAGCAACAUCCUAGCUACAAGCCCCAGCAGCCCCAGCAGCAGCAGCAGCAUCCUAGCUACAAGCCGCAGCAGCAGCAGCAUCCUAGCUACAAGCCCCAGCAGCAGCAGCAUCCUAGCUACAAGCCCCAGCAGCAGCAGCAGCAACAUCCUAGCUACAAGCCCCAGCAGCAGCAGCAACAUCCUAGCUACAAGUCCCAGCAGCAGCAGCAACAUCCUAGCUACAAGCCCCAGCAGCAACAUCCUAGCUACAAGCCCCAGCAGCAACAUCCUAGCUACAAGCCCCAGCAGCAGCAGCAGGAACAUCCUAGCGACAAGCCCCAGCAGCAGCAGCAGCAGCAGGAACAUCCUAGCUACAAGCCCCAGCAGCAGCAGCCUAGCUACAAGCAGUAACACAAAAGUUGUACCUUAUGAAGAUUGCAUUGUGUACGUUUCGCUUCGUUGGAAAUGCCAUCAAAUCCUGCAAGAUAAGCGGUCAAAGAACUGUGCAAAUGUGUUCUUGCCAUUGCAUGGUUUUACUGUCCAAAUUUGAUGUGUACAGCAAAUAAUAAAAAUAUACAUU